AUGACUUCUCCUACGCAAGAAGGCGUGCUGCAGCAGCGCCUUUCGACGCUGACCAUGGUUGCCAUGGCGUUUGCUAUUCUCAAUACGUGGAUUGCUCUCGCUGGUGUAAUGGCGUAUAUUCUUCCUUCUGGUGGUGCUGUUUCUUUUAUUUAUGGGUUUGUGGUUUGUGUCCUUUGCAAUUUGGCACUUGCUGCUAGUUUGGGAGAACUUGCUGCUUUGUGGCCUACUGCUGGAGGGCAGUAUCACUUUAUGUACGCUUUGUGUACGACUCGAUGGAAACGAUCCAUGAGUUUCUUUGUUGGAUGGACCAAUAUCGCUGGUUGGUUGACUGUUGUUACCACCCAGGCCUUCUUUGCUGCCCAGUUGAUCUCCGCAGCCGCAGUCGUCGCCUCCAACAACGCCUACGAAGCCACAGCCUGGAAGACAUAUCUCUUCUUCGUCGCCAUCCUCUCGUUCGGAACGGUCGGUAAUAUCUGGGGAAAUAGAAUUCUGGGCCGUUGGAAUGAUUGUGCUUUGUAUUGGUCCAUCUUGUCUGUUGUCAUCAUCAGCAUCAUUCUUCUGUCCAUGUCUGAAAAGACAGACGCCAAACAAGUCUUUACAGACUUUAACAACGAGACUGGCUGGUCUGAUGGUGUUGCUUGGAUUCUUGGCUUGUUGCAAUCUGCCCUUUCACUUAUUGGGUUUGAUGUCGUGUUGCAUCUGACUGAGGAGAUGCCUAACCCUUCGAGAGAUGCACCAAGAGCUAUGCUGCUAGCUGUUGUCAUAGGUGGUGUCACUGGAUUUGUCUUUAUCCUAGUCAUACUCUUCUGCCUUACCGACCCGGCAACAGUCCUUGCAAGCUCUACUGGCAUGCCAAUUGUGGAAAUGUUUCUCCAAAGCACCAAGUCCCGCGCCGCCGCUACAAUACUCGCCUUGAUGCUAAGCGUUUGUUUCAUCAACGGUACAUCGGCAAGUAUCACCAGCGCUAGUCGUCUUCUAUACUCCAUGGCUCGUGACAAGGGUAUUGUCUACCACAAAUUCUUUGCUCACCUACAGCCCAAGCUCGAUGUGCCAGUCCGCACAAUCAUGCUCUGCUACAUCUUCAAUCUCCUCUUUGGCCUUUUGUACCUGGGACCUGCAGUGGCUUUCAGUGCGUACAUCGCGUCCUGUACCAUCUUUCUCAACGUUUCGUAUGCUUGUCCUGUUAUUGCAUUGCUUGUCAGAGGCAGAAGCAUGCUUGGCGAGUAUCAGACAAACAAGACACCUGCAAAGAUGGGGCUGAGAAUUGGUGCAGUUGUCAAUGGCGUUGCUGUUGCGUUUGUUGUCGUUACUUCUAUUUUCUUCUGCUUCCCUGCUGGACUUCCAGUGUCUGCCAAUACCAUGAACUACGUUUCGGCGGUUGUGGGUGGCUUUUACCUGCUGCUUGCUGUAUACUGGUUUACUGGCGGAAAAGACUUUCAAGGGCCGAACUUCGAUGCUAUAAUCGGCCAACCUUUGCAGGAGAAGGGAUCAGACGUUGUGGAAUCAGUGCCGGGGAAGUUUGACACCUCGACAAAAGUCUAA